AUGAUCAGCGAAAGGCCCGAAUUCCUUCCGGAGAUUAACGACGCUCAACCAGAUGGUCUCAACCUCGAAAUCCCCACAACCAUGUUGCUCGACGCUGCUCGAGCACUACACGAGGUGGUUACCGGCAGCAUGGCGUCGCUGUCGAUAACGCAAAGAACUCAGCUUGACUACGAAUCGACCUCGCUAUCAAACGUUGCGGGAUUCUCAGAGGUUCGAAGAAGCGGAAAAACAUGCUCGCACUCUGACAUCAGUCCGCUUCAAACCGCCGCAAAAUCUACGCUUUUGGUGGUACAGUACCCAUGCUACGCUAAUCCAGCACAAGGGCUCUCUGGCUUGUGA